AACAACAAGGAUGAAAUGCAAAACUGCAAAAAAAAAAAAAAAGAUGGGGCUUUGGGAGCAUCAUGUCUGUCUGUGAACAACUGAAACAGAGACUUGGUGGCAAACCUGAUAAUCUUUAGCAGAAAAUGAUUGACACAAAGGUUAAUAAAUUUAACAAAAUACCUCUGAUACCCAGAAAAGGAAUCCAGAAACACUUUUUCUUGAGAGGAGUUUGGAAAGUUGGCUGACACAAUGAACGUAAAGGAGCAGACAAAAUACAACUUGCUGCCGCGUAGAGAGUUGUUGAAACCUGAAUAGUAUUCCAUUUGCUAUGCUCUAAGUUUUUGCUGCCUACAUGGAAAGCAGAAAUGCCAGUGUGUGCACGAAACCCCGUGUCACCUGCGCGCCCGAGCGAGCACAACCUGGUUCAUCUUGCGCCAUUUGCACAGCCCCGAGAUGCCGAACAGGACACGCAGGCUUGGUCUGGAAGCCGCCCUAUCCCUUCCCCUUGCUCCUCUCUUUCCCCCCUGCUGCCUAAAGCCUUGCCAGGUCGGGCUGCGCCCGGUGUCCCGCGGGCGUGCGGGGCGCCAGGGCGGAUGUGGGGCAGGACGGCUGGCCGUGCUCUCCUCAGCCGUCUCUCCCGCACUCACGGCCCGCGAUUGCGGGCUGCUGCGGCGCCGGCCGAGCCCGCAGCCAGCCCGGCCACCCGCUGCCGCGGCUCCACAGCCGGGAAGGCGAGGGGGGCAGGAGGCGAGGGGGGCAGGAGGCGUGCAGAGGCACGAAGCGAGCCCGGGGCCGGCGGGCGUGAGGCGGCGGGCGCCGCGGCCGCGCGGGAGGGGACGCGGCGGCGCUCGCGCUCCGCCAAUCGCGGGGCUGCUGGCGCGCGGGCCGGAGGCUGCGCCCACCCUGCGGCGGCGGCUGCCGGGCGAGCCAUGGGCACGGUGCCGUCCGCGCUGAAGCACUGCCUCAGCUACCAGCACCUCCUCAAGGAGCAGCUGUGGAUCGCGGAGCCGCCCGCGGCCGCGCACCCCGCGCAGGAACCUCAAGCAGCUGGAUUGCCUGAGUACAUAAAGAUUGUAGAAGUUGGGCCAAGGGAUGGAUUACAAAAUGAAAAGGUGAUAGUCCCAACUGAUAUAAAAAUUGAGUUAAUCAACCAGCUUUCCAAAACAGGCCUGCCUGCAAUAGAAGUGACCAGUUUUGUUUCAUCCAAAUGGGUGCCUCAGAUGGCAGAUCAUGAAGAAGUAAUGAGGGGCAUUGAGCAGCAUCCUGGAGUCCGAUAUCCCGUUCUCACACCUAAUCUUCAAGGUUUUCAUUCUGCUAUUGCAGCAGGAGCUACAGAAGUCUCAGUAUUUGGUGCAGCAUCUGAAUCUUUUAGCAAAAUGAAUAUUAAUUGUUCAGUUGAAGAAAGUAUAGAGAGGUUUGAAGAAGUCACUAAAUCUGCAAGGAAUAUGAACAUUCCAGUGCGCGGGUAUGUGUCCUGUGCCUUGGGAUGCCCAUAUGAAGGAAGCGUUAUACCGGAUAAAGUGGCUGAAGUAUCUAAGCGGCUGUACAGUAUGGGCUGUUAUGAAAUCUCUCUGGGAGACACAAUUGGUGUGGGGACACCUGGAAGUAUGAAAAAAAUGCUGGAAGCUGUUAUGAAAGAAAUUCCCAUGGGAGUUGCUGUAGUGGAUUCAUCUGUUGCAGGACUUGGUGGUUGUCCCUAUGCAAAAGGUGCUACUGGAAAUGUAGCCACAGAGGAUGUGAUAUACAUGCUGAAUGGUCUGGGGAUCAACACACUUGACUACAUUUUCCAUUUACCUUGACCAAGGACAUUUGCAUCCUUGCAAGAAACAAGAAAACCAUUGCAUCAAAGAAGCAAAAUAAAACCGAUAAAUAUUUUUUUUUUAAUGGGAAGAGUUAUUGUGCUGUACUGUCAGGAACUGCCUGAUAUGUAAGUAAGAAAUAAAUUACUCUAAUACAGAACCCUAUACCUGGUACUCCUACAGAUGAGAAAAAUGUAUAAACACCAGGAUAUUUUACCAUGUUUUAAAUUGAAUUUUUUUUUCUUUUCAGGAAAACCAGGUAGAAGCAGUGAGUACAUAGUUAAAUUUUAAUCAAGAUGUCUUUCAGCACAGUGCAAAUAUUUUCAGUAUUUUAUGAGAUCUCACACUGUAUGUGGCCAUUCUAUUAUGUAUUUUAUUUAUCUGAAUUCUCCUUUUUCGUUCAUCAAGUCACGUGUUAUGAACAUGGAGCCAAAUCUGAAUUCAUCGUAAGAAUUUUUUAGCAAUAGAACUUCUUUUAAAUUUUGUUUAACAUAUGUUAAAUUAUGGAUGACUUUAUCUUGUUCCAAGACAUUGUGGUAUAUGGCACUCUGCCAGAUCCUUCAAAUCCUCCUGCAAAUUUUCUUAUUUGUUACAUAUGUUAAAUUUGUUGUAGUUGCCAUUUUUGGUCAACUUAUUAAAACCUAAUUAUAUGAAGCAAAUAAAAAAUUGGCGAGGUUUUCAAUAUCAUUCAGGUUCAUAGUGGCGUAGAAGGGGCUAUAUUUUCAUCCAAGGUUUCAUCAAACAAUUAGAUUUUUCGUUCUGUAGGCUAUGAAUUGAUAUUCUCAUUCAGAAGUCAGGUUUUUUAGGAUAAUAGUAUUUUUCUGGACUUGCUUACACAAAGGAGACAACUUAAUUUUUUUUUGUGCUCUACUGAUAAUGAUAUUGUUCUUUUAAAUGCCUUAGUUCAACAAGAUGCCAGUGAAGUGCACUGUCAUUUUUAGAUCAAUAAUGAACAAAUGGACAAGUUCAAAGAGCCUUAUUCUAUUUAUAAGAGUUCAAGUGUGCCAGAAAAAUACUGUCAUGUUUUUCAGCCUGAAACUUCAGUACUCUUACUGGUGAUUGUGUGGGAUCUGUCUGUACUUCUCUGUGUACUUAACCUUGAUCUAUAUUUUUUCUGAACAUGGCCUAUUGACAUGAAAAUCUAAAACCCUGGACUGUGGUCUUCAUCCAUAUUCUCAAUUUUCCUCAAAAAUGUAAAAUCUCUUCAAAAGGUAAGAUGAAAGAAAGUGAAAGAUAACACAUAAGAAAAGAAAAGACUGAAUAAUUUUUUGUCUGGAAUUCAGGUCUGCCAAGUUACAGCUGAGUCAUCGUUUGCCUUUGAAAUACCAAAGUGAAUUUUUCUGAGAUCUUUUAACCAGCUGUGUAGUUUAGAAUUGGCAUAACUUAAGAAAGUCAAUCUUUGCAUUCCAGGUAAUACAAAGCUAUAAAUUUGAUAUAAUACCUCUAUCCUGUUUAUGCUGUAAUGAUAGCCAAAAUUAAUAUAAGCUACUUUGUUUCACUCUUCUCAUGGUAAAAGUCAAAGGAUAAACAAAAAAUUUGUUCAGGUGAGGCAAGAAAUAUCUUGCUUAUCAUUCCAAAAUACUAAAUCCUUCCUGUAGAGUCUACUGAGAAGACUUUCAAGCACUCCUGAAGGUGUAAACACCCUGAUUUUCUUGACCUGCCCUGGAUGCAUGGUUGGAUCAGCACAAAAAAGCUCUUUCCUCUUUUUCCCGUGUUUCAGCUGGGGCUUUGCUAUUUAGCAGCCACUAUAGCUCAUAUAUCAAAACAUAAACUUUAAUAAAACUAGGUCUUGAACCUUUCACACACUUAAAAAAUCUGUUAAGGAAUAGACUCAAUGAAGAGGUGAGGAAACUGCAGCAAUACUUAGACUAUACUCAGUCUAAUUAGUAGUUAAGCCUAAACAUAAUGCCAGAAUUGACAUCUUAAAGACUCCCUAAUUUAUGUGCCAUUUACUCCUGAAAGUGACUAACCUUAUUGUAAUACUUUCCUGUUUAAUAAUAAAUUUUCCUGUUUAGUUUUCUCUGUAGGCACACCAUUGGCUCAUUCUGAGCUCAAGUGUGCAGUUUUCACGUAGAUCCUGAUGAAUUUUCUUCCACCCAAGACCCUCUGAGCAAGCAUGUUUAAUUGAAAUAAACAAUAUUGAGCUUAUCAAAGACUGAAAAUGAAGUCAGUCCUUGAAAAAACAGCUAUUGUGAUGCAAACCUCAAUGUGAGACUAAACAACUGAACUGAGACUGAGAUUGCUGCUCAGCCUGGGAGGAUUAAAUACACACCCAUGACAGGACCUGAGGGAAUGGCCUGAAGUUGUGCCAGGGAGGUUUAGGUUGGAUAUUAGUAAAAUGUUCUUCACCUAGAGGGUGCUUGGAGACUGGAACAGGCUCCCCAGGGAAGUGGUCACAGCACCAGCCUGACAGAGUUCGAGAAGUGUUUGGAAUGCCCUCAGGCACAUGGUGUGACUCUUGGGGAUGGUGCUGUGAAUGGCCAGGAGUCGGACUUGAUGAUCCUCGUGAGUCCCUUCCAACUCAGCUUAUCCUGUGAUUAUGAACUGAAAAACAACACACUUCUAGUAAAUCUGGAUGAAUUUGUGCCACUGGGUAGAAUGGAAUUAAAAAUUCCUAAGACUAGAAAAAUCCCAAGAAAACAAUGUCAGUGCCUCUUGCAACAGGUGGUGGGGUUCUGUUCCUUGAAGAUGGUGGUGAGGCCUUCAGUUAUCAGCCAAGUAAGGAACUGAACAACUGGUGUCCACUUUUAUGUCUCUGUACACAGUGCAUCCUAAGCUUCUCAGCAUAUGGACUGUCUGGUUUGAAAUUCUGAGGCUCUCGAUUCUCCCUAUGCAGUGAAACAGGGUACCUAUUAAAUCAUGUGGAUGAACAACCUAAAAUGUCUCAGUUCUUUAUUGGGUCUGUUUUAGAAACUACUUGUAAACUUGUGGAGAGCCUUAAUUGCAGGUCUGUUAUUCUGUAAUGAUGCAAGCAUUGGAAAAGAUGAGCAGUCACAUCUGGAGCCUGUACUUCACCCACAUGUUCAGCUUCAACCACAUCAUGAGUAAUAGUAAUCCAGGGUGGAGGUCACAGACAAAUAGAUUGUUUGUCAGGAUUGUUACAAGAUAGAAAGAAACAUAGAGCCAGAAUAAAAAAAAGCAAACCCUAACCCAGUGUUUAUGUGCCAAAACCGUUGCCACCUGGGAUGAAUUUAGGUCUGUGGGUCCAGGUGAGCAGUCCCUUUAAAAUCCUUGUUUACUUGUAAUGUGAGUGAGAAUUCUGAGACAUCUUAUGUUCUGCCUGCAGACAUUUUUUUAGGUGUGUAAAAUGCUGCUGCUUGCUUUCCUGUGCUGGCAUAAUUUUGACUAUGCAGAACAUUUUGACACCUAAUCUGGCUUCACAAAAUAAGCAUCUAUUGCUUUUAAUAGCAAAGGCUAAUCCAAUAGCUAUGCCAUGAGUGUGCAUCGCUCACACAGGCAGCAUUGAAUUCAGCACGUAGUAAAACAGCUGAGACUAUACCCCUUCAAAAACAUGUCAAGACAUGGGAUGGGGCUCUCCAGUGCUUCCUAAGCCUUAUAUUCAGAGGGACCCAUCACCAGUGGUGCCUGCUCUUUUAGUCCCUAUCACUGUCCCCAAGUGAAUACAUUGCUGUCACUGAAGUAGCCCCCUGGAUGUGGAGGGCUUGCAUCCAGGUGUUUGGCUUCCAUGGCCAGGUGUUCUUAUCACCGUGUCAUUAUAAAAAUUACAAGUCAAGAUAUUGCAUUGUUAAAGGCAUGACUGGUGUGCUUUGUUGGAGGAGAAGUUGAUCAGUUCCAGUAGUAUGGGCAUAACCAUUCUUCAGUGCCUUCCAGAACACAGCAAUGACAUAGAUCCCAUACAGUUCUAAUGUCUUCCAGAAGCAGCUUGCUUUGUAGUUUAAAGUUUUAUGUAUUCAGACAACUUGGCUCUGGACCAGCACUUUAAUGGUUCAUUUUCAUGUAUAAUCAGAGCUUAUGAAAUAAGAACUAAAUAUUCUAGUGUUGUGCAUAAGUCCAGAGAGGCUUUGGCUAAUUUUCCUCUUUUAAUAGUGUCAUUUGAGUUCAUAAAACUUUUAUUAUUGUAUUAAGGAGUCACAAAAUGAAGACUACAAGUCUGUGAGGUAGAAUUCUGUUUGGGAUCAGUGCUGUUGAAAUGAAAUAAUACUUAUCCAAAGAGUUAGUGUGAAUGUAUAAGAUCUGACUAUUUUUUCACUGAGUUUGUUUUAAGGGGUAGAAAUAUUGUUUAGUUACUGUGGUAUCAGAAAAUCGGUACUUUCUGACACUGAAUUUUUCUAUGAUUUCCAACACUGCCUUAAAUUCUCCUCAUUGACUGUGAAGUAUCUAGGAAAGUGUCUAAAUAGGUGUAAGAGUGGCAAGAAGUAAAUGAAUUCCAGUUCUGGACUUGCCGAUUAAUGCUUUUCUUUUCUUAUGUUAUAUUUUUGAAGAUCAUUUUUCUCUACAGCCCUGCUGUAAUGCAGUGUUGAUCUUCAUUGCUGCAAUAACACAGCAGGCAGAAGGACUACAGCCAAAGUCAACUGAGUCCUUUGAAACCAAUGUCAAAGUGAUGAUGUUUGUCAAGGAAUUGUCAUGUAUCCGCCUGGUUAAAUGCAUUUGUGAUUUUGCAAUAUGUGGUGUUAAAGCUGAAAUAAAACCUGUCUCGCUGUUUAUUGAAACUGAUAUGCUCAUGUAUUAUGCCAGAUUCAGCAGCUCUGACUAACCAGCUCAUGCAUACAGCCUUAGCAAAUAUAAGCUGUCACUAACAUGUAUGCCUGUGUUGACUUUGUUACCUUGUAAUCCAUGUUGAGUGCUUUUUCUUAGGAUUACCUUUUAAUUUGGUGUUCCUCUGUGUUUUUAUAGCAGACAAAUCUCUUUUAAGUUACUGGGGAAACAUUUCUUUCCUCCAUUAAUUAAACAUUAAAAGCUACAGGCAGGAAUGGAGGUAGGAGUUGAAAAAAUUCAAUGAGGCAUUAUCUAACUUCAGAUGUUCCAAUGCAGGAUGGAAAUCUGUGCUGUCCAAGUGAUGUCUAAGAUUCCCUACACACUUCAUGGGAGACUGAAUGGCUUCAGCAUGUGGUCUGAAACAUCAAAAUGCUGAUGAGGGAACUUUCUUGGCAAAGUCAACAGCAAAAUUCCCUACCCCAUGCUACUCUUGAAGUGCCUCAACAUGAGCUGCAGUUAGUUAUCUUCACUAGUUUGAACAUAAGAGUUCAUAUUUUUCUUGGUGGAAAGACAGCCACAGUAAUUUUUCAAAAGAACUGAAUGAUGUUCUCUGUUUUAAGGCACCAUCUUCUGGUGAUGGUGCUGCUUCCAUCCAUCUUCUGUGUUCCUAGCUUGGUCUGAUAUCUGGCUCAGAGUACCGGGAUGUGAUUCCCACAACAGCCUCAAAAGGCUAAGCCAAUGCCUAUCCAUGUAGCUCAUUCUUUUGACCACACAAGCAGGUGAGACAGCCAGGGAAAAAUGUUCCUUUUGAAGAAUUCAAGACUCACUGUGGCAUGACAGAACUAGAAACUUGGGCUUUUCAGCCUUGUAGCUUCACACUGCAUAAGAGCUAGUCCUGUGUACUUGUCUCAAAAAAUCUUCACACAUUUAAUUUGAAACAAUUGUUAGAUAAAAUGUAAUGCAAAAUAUCAUGCUUUCUCCCUCUAGCCCAAUCAGCCUUCAUUUCUUCACUCUGGGAUAUCCCAGCUCCAGUGGAAAGAGGAUGAAUGCUACAUCCUUACCCAAGAUGACAUGUGUCCUGGGAAUCCUGUCAUCAGUGAGACUUCAUUUUCCUCAUCUGUACUGGAUGCAGAUGUCAUACUUCAGGGGAAAAUAUUUUAAUAAUGAAGCUCUUAUGAAAUGAUGCUUUUUCUCCCAUCAUGGUCAGACUGUAAAUCUUAAAGAUCUUUUCCAAACUAACUGAUUCUAUGAUUCUCUGUUCAGAAAACUGUGAAGCAGUUAUAGCAUAAUCAGGAUCACAGGAAUACAGAUCAUCCCAGCAGAAAUUCCUUUAUUUAAUAACUGACAUCUAGAUACAAUUGACAGACUACUUUUAACACAUAGAGUGGAGGGAAUGUACUUUUCCCAUUAAGCAUUUAAACUUAAGAGCCUAAAAAAUUGCAGAACAAUACAAUAGCCACUAAAUAUCUUGCUGUCUCUCAGAAUAACAUACCCUCAGUUUCAAAUACAUUUUACAUAAUUGUUUGUGAGUGUGUGUGUGUGUCUAAGCACAUAUAUGGUUUGGGUUUCUAGUGUCUAAAUACAAGAUAAUUAGAAAACAAACAGUUUCUAAGAAAGAAGGUAAUUUUUCUUGUUGUUGUUGACUGAGGUUUAGUUAAUUCUGAAUUUAAAUGGAUCUCCUCAAAUUUUGUGACAUAGAAGGUUCACUGAUUUUGGAAGUCAGACUCAAAACCAGCACAGGUUUCAUGUCAGAAGUACAUUUCCUGUAUAAUGAAAUGUUUUUAUCCAACAUAUUCUCAACAGUAUUUUCAGUUUGAAGUCUUCCCACCUCACAGUUUUAAAGUUAAGAAUAUGAAUAUACCAUUUUGGUGAGAGUUAAGGCAGAUGCUGCAAAUUUCUGGACUGCUAAAGGAUAUCUUUUUGAUUAGCAAACUAAUCUCACUUUUCUGUUUCUGUAUUUUUUGUCCAAAUGCUGAUUUAAUUAUGACAGAACACUUCAUUGUAAAACAAAAAUUACUUUCUUUGGCUUAUGCAGAUAAUAAAGACAGAGAAAAUCCAAGUUUAAUAAUUGUUUAAGAUUUCUAAGCCUCUCCCCAACACAACUGCAUAAUUAAGGUUUUGCUCUACAGUAAUAAUACAGCUACCAAAGUACCAGAAGUAAGAGUCACAUAGAAGAGAUUCUUGCUUUUCUGAUCACAUUAAUUUCUAGUCCUAAAUCUGUCAUUUAGCACUAGAUGUGGCCCUAGAUCAGUUGUCCUGUGGUCAAAACUGGAGGUGAGUUACAUUUAGUGAUAAUUCAAACAAAAUGAAAACUAAUCAAAAUAAAGCUAAUUAAUCAGAUGCUAUUAUAACAAGACUAUACAUGUGCUAUUCACGGUAACAGUUGAAUAAGAAACAGCAGUCCAUUAUUCUGUGCUCACCAGAACCAGAUUGUUACAAAGAUUUAAUAAAGACACCUCACUGGUAGUAAAUAGAAGCUUAAAUCUAGCAAAACCACUCAGCUAUAGAGAGCAAUCCAGAGCUCAUAGCCACAGGGUGGGAUCCAGAAUGGUGCUUAGGGACCAUGACUCCCAGUACAGUGCAAGGGGCCAAUUAGGUACUUCGGGUCUUGCCUAGAGACAAUGAAUAGGAAACAGAGAUGAUGAGAUGGGUCAUAGCUUCUCUCCUGAGAAGCAGGCACUUCAGCCCCAAGCAAGUGACUUUCUCCACUGGGCAUUCAGAACAAAAAAUGUUUUCUAAAGUUACUGUAUUCAAAGUGGCAAACUUCACUCAUUUCUUUUUGAAGCAUAUUGGAGGAGAAAUUAAAAACAGUUUCAGCAACAACAUUUUGGAGUCAAAGCAUUUUUCCAGAGAAUCAUUUUAGUUCUGAAGGAGUUUGUAAUCCUGAUCUCCUCCUACCCUGCAAGUGCUCCACCAUUAAAUUACAGGCAGUUUAACUGUGACUGCUGCUUUGGGUACUUGGUACCUGGAAGCCUGGUGUACAAAACUGCCGCAUAUGUGCUCUUUAUCAGGUCUCUAAAAUGUUUCUGAGUGGAUUUUUUUAUUUCUUCCAGAUGAAUUGAGAUCAGAAAGGGUGGGCUUCAAAGAUUGCCAUUGUUGAUACAGCAUUUAUACCAGUGUCAUGUGCAUCUAAAAAUGUAGGAAAUGUACAGCUCUGGACAGAUGAGUGAAUCUACACAAAUAUGAGAGACCACAAUUUUACCAUUUUUACCCUUUUUUCAGCUUUUGAAAGGCUUAAAAUAAGCUAAUAAAUAUAAGAAAAUAUUUUGUAUGCUUAACUACAAAAUUCCAUAAUUUAUAGAACUUUUUCUAAUAUAUAUUUUAUUAUCACAUAUGUACAGCAGACUG